GACUGAGCGGUUGUGGCCGCACUUCCGACGUCGAGCCGCAGUUGGCUUCUCCACGUAGAACCCGGGAGUAGGAGAUUUAGAAUCAAAUCUCUUCUCCCUCUUGCCUCCUGUUUUUGGCUUUUUGAGAAACCUUCUCAUCAAACACAAUGGCCAGCAACGUUACCAACAAGACAGAUCCUCACUCCAUGAACUCCCGUGUGUUCAUUGGGAAUCUCAACACUCUUGUCAUCAAGAAAUCUGAUGUGGAGGCAAUCUUUUCGAAGUAUGGCAAAGUUGCGGGCUGCUCUGUUCAUAAGGGCUUUGCCUUCGUUCAAUAUGCUAAGGAGAAAAAUGCCCGCGCUGCUGUGGCGGGAGAGGACGGCAGAAGCAUUGCUGGCCAGGUUGUGGAUAUUAACCUGGCUGCGGAGCCGAAAGCGAACCAGCGAAAAGGAGGCGUGAAACGAUCAGCAGCGGAGAUGUCCGGCUCCUCUUUUGACUCGGACUAUGACUUUCAAUGGGAUUAUUAUGGUCAGAUGUACAGUUUCCCAGCACGGAUCCCUCCUCCUCCUCCUAUUGCUCUGGCUGGAGGGCCCUCGAAACGUCAGCGCGUGUCAGGAAACACCUCAGGAAGGCGCACAAGUGGCUUCAAUUCCAAGAGUGGACAGAGGGGAUCUCACAAGUCUGGAAAGCUGAAAGGAGAUGACCUUCAGGCCAUCAAGCAGGAGUUGACCCAGAUAAAAGAGAAAGUGGAUUCUCUCCUGCAAAACCUGGAAAACAUUGAAAAGGAACAGAGCAAAGCAGGAGUAGAGGUGAAGAACGCUACGUCAGAAGAGGAGCAGAGCAGCAGCUCCGUGAAGAACGGAGAGGCUCACGUGAAGCUGGAGUCUGAGGGGAGCGCAGAUGGCUCUGCUGACGAGCGGCCCCUACUGGACGAUGCUGAUAAUGAAGAUCGGGCGGAUGAGCAGCUGGAGUUGAUCAAGGAUGAUGAAAAAGAGGAUGAGGAAGGAGACGAUAAGAGAGACGGCGCCAAUGGCCAGGAUGACUCUGAAGCACAUAGUGGGGUUUAG